AUGGUCGCAGAAUCAACUAUAGCAGAACUAGAACAGCCAUGGGACCGGGACCAUCUCGUGGAAGUUCGCACUGGCAAAGCAAAGUCCGUGUUCGGCCUGCCAGUUCAAUCUGCCAUUUUUAAAUCGAUUCGAUAUGGCCCGGUGGCAGUUAAUCGGCUCGGCUGCUCGGGUGAUGAACAUGUUUAUGAAUUCCAUGGGGGCCCAGACAAAGCACUCCUCCAGUAUUGCACCCAACACUAUGAUACUUGGACCACAGAGCUGCCAGCAAACGCCCAUUUAUUUCAUAAUGGUGGAUUUGGCGAAAACCUAGUGGCUCGCACAGCAAAUGAGCGCAAUACCUGCAUUGGAGAUAUUAUUCGAAUCGGACCGGAUGUGAUCGCGCAGGUAAGCCUGCCACGGCAACCAUGCUUUAAACUCAACCAUCGUUUCCAAGAGAAGAAUAUGUCCAGAAUGGCACAAGAAAAAUUUCGAACAGGUUGGUACUACCGUAUAAUUCAAGAGGGAUUGAUCCAUGCGGGCGACGAAAUUGUACUUCUGGAGCGUCCGAAUCCGCGGUGGACAGUAGCUCGUGUACAACACUACCUGUACAUCGAGAAAGAAAAUUUCGACGUUAUGAAAGAACUGGCUGCACUCAGCGAGCUUGGUGGUGAGAGCCGUAACAUUUUCAAGAAUCGUCUCAAAAAGAUUUUCGAAAACCAAGAGCAACGGCUUCUCGGGGAUAGCGCUAUGGCGCUUGACAUGUGGGCCGAGUAUCGGCUGCUCAAAAAGACGAAGGAAACCCCAACAGUGGCUUCAUUUAUCUUCGAGGCAGUAAAGCCAAAGCAAUCCCCAGAGGAGGUACAGCCAGGCACACACGUACGUGUGAAGCUGGGUGGCAGACUUAUUCGGGCUUAUUCGGUCGUUGCUGGAGACCAAAAUCGAUUCACCUUGGGUGUGGCUCUAGAUCGGAAAUCAACUCGAGGUGGCUCGCUAUAUUUGCAUGAUAGUGUCCAAGAGGGCCAUUUGGUUACGAUCAGUAAAUUAACAGUCACAUUCCCUUUGGUAGAGAAAGCGGAUCGUCAUAUUCUCAUCGCCGGAGGAAUCGGAAUUACCGGCUUGCUUGCAUCGGCCCGGGAGUUGCAACGGCAAGGCAUGGAUUACCAUCUUCACUACGUGGUUCGAUACCCAGAAGAGGUCGCUUUUGAGUCCUAUAUGAAAGAACUGGGGCUGAAGAUAUCCGUAUACUGCAAGAAAACUGGAACUCCGUUUGACGUGUUGAAUACUUUGCAGGGUACUGGUAGCAUCGCCCAUGUAUACUGCUGUGCUGGAGAGCGCCUCAUGGAUGCUGUGCAAUCUACUGCGAUCAAUCUGGGCUUUCCGACUGAGAAUGUCCAUUUUGAGUCGUUCCAGGCAAGUACUACGGGUGAUCCCUUUACGGCGGAGCUGGCUGAAUCAAAGCAAGAAGUGGAAGUGGGCGCUGGCGAUAGUCUACUUAACACGCUUCGAUCUGCUGGAUUUGAAAUUCCAUCCACCUGCGAAGCUGGUAACUGUGGCACUUGCCGUGUGGGUGUCCGUAGCGGCCGGGUUGAACAUCGAGGGACUGGACUACUUGAGAAUGAGAAAGAUAGCAUCAUGUUGAGUUGCGUGUCUCGAGGAAUUGGGCGAAUUGUACUUGAUCUCUAG